AUGGUUCAAGGUUCAAGCAGUGGAGGAGCUCCAGUGGCGUCAACAUCGGGAAAGGACACGGUUCCGAGCACAGCGAUCACCGAGCUACUGGCAAGCUGGAAUGACUUCCAGCUGCUGCAGUUAACAGACUUUUACCGGGACAGGCUGGAGCAGGCGAUGGAAGGAGGGGUGCACCGAGUGAGCCUGGCGUUAACGGCCGAGAAUCAGUUCAGCGGAGAGGAACAUCGGAAAAUCUCCGAUCUCGCUGAUAAGGGAGAGUGGGCGGACAGUUCUAAACUCCUCCUGAGCCUGGUGAUGGAGAAAGGCUCCCGCGCCCGGAUGGUGAUGUGGGAAACCUUUGUGAAAAUGCGGAUUGGUGUCCCAAAGUUGGACAAAAUACUGAAAGAAAUACAGGAACAUGGUUGUGUUCCGGUCCAUCGACCCGUACCGGAGAUUCCCAGAGAGCUGAAAGAUUCCAAAUCUACGAUCUCAGAUCUCCUGACGCAGUGCGAAGAUUAUCAGCUGCUCCACCUGACUAUUUUCUACCGAGAGAGACUGAAACUUGCAAUUGAAGAACGGGUAGAAGGACUCAGCUGGACGUUGAGACAGGAGGGACAAUUCAGUGAACAGGAACACGAGGAAGUCAAGAAGCUUGCGGAAUGGGGAAACUGGACAGAGAGUUCCAAACUCUUCCUCAGCCUGGUGAUGGAGAAAGGCGCUCAGGCCCGGAGGGUGAUGUGGAAAUCCUUUGUGAAAGUGAGGAAGGAGUUACCAAAGUUGGAAAGGAUACUGAAGGAAAUCCAGGAACUUGGUCCUGAUCCAUAUGAAGAUAUGAAUGUCAGCCGAGGCUUUUGUGAGUUAUCCUCGCAACUGAAGGAUGUUCAACAGAAACACAAGGAAACUCUGCGGGCACAAACUGAAAAACUGAGAGUGAACACGAUCUUGAUGAGGGAGAAGGUGAAGGUUUUCCAGCUGGUUGAUCGAUACGCUGAGCUCACGAUCAUUUCUACUGUUCGAGAUCGGAGACUGGUGGAACAUGAACUACUGGCAAGAGGCAAAACCCAUGAAAAAUGGAGAAAUAAAUAUCUCCAUGCCGAGCUGGAAAAAGUCCGGACUGAUCAGUUGUUCCAGAGCAGCUAUUCCCGGAGUAAAACCAAAUCUAGGAGUUCGGCAGCAGUGGCCGGAGUCCCAGGGAUCGGGAAAACAAUAAUGGUACAAAAGAUUGUUUAUGACUGGGCCACGGGGAAAAUAUACCAACAGUUCCAGUUUGUCUUCAGUUUCAAAUUCCGGGAUUUAAACUUUAUUAACUGCAGGAUAAACCUGAGGGAACUGAUUCUGGAUCAAUAUCCUUACUUUGGGAAUAUCCUGAGAGAGGUCUGGAGGAACCCAGAGGGAUUGCUGUUUAUAUUUGAUGGUUUAGAUGAAUUCAAAUACAGAAUCGAUUUUGCUGACAGUCGGAGAGAUACAGAACCCAAACACCAGUGCCCAGAUCCCGAGUGGUGGUGUGAAGUGUCUGACAUUGUGUACAGUUUAAUCCAGGGCAAACUGCUCCCAGGGUGUUCAGUGUUGGUGACCACCCGUCCCACUGCGUUACAUUUAUUGGAAAAGGCUGAGAUCAGUGUCUGGGCUGAAAUCAUGGGAUUUGUUAGUGAGAAACGGAAGGAAUAUUUCAUCAGGCAUUUUGAAGAUCAGACGGUAGCAGCAGCUGUUUUCAAACACGUGAAGGAGAACGAGAUCCUGUACACCAUGAGCUACAACCCCUCCUACUGCUGGAUCCUCGCUCUGGCACUGGGCCCCUUCUUCAUACAAAGAGUCAGGGACCCGCAGCGAGUUCCCAAGACCAUCACCCAACUGUACUCCUACUAUAUUUACAACAUCCUGAAAAACCACGGCCGUGAGAUUGAGAACCCCCGUGAUGUGUUUCUCAGGGUUGGUCAGAUGGCCUUCAGAGGAGUGUCCGAGAAGAAGAUUGUGUUUACAGAUGGAGAUUUGAUCAACUAUAACCUGCAGCCUUCCCAGUUCCUGUCCGGGUUCCUGAUGGAGCUUUUUGAGAGAGAGGAUUCUGCCCGGAGCGUGGUGUACACAUUCUCACACCUCACCAUUCAAGAGUUUGUAGCUGCAGUCGCACUGUUCCUGAAUCCACAUCCCAGAGAUAUUCUGAAAUUCCUCACUGAAGCCCACAACACAACAGAUGGGCGAUUUGAGGUAUUUCUCCGUUUUGUAGCUGGUCUCUCCAACCCAAUCACAGCUCGGGGCCUGGAGGAGUUUCUGGGUCCAUUUCCUCAUCAAACAACCUGCCGGGUGAUUGACUGGGUGAAGGAGGAGGUUAAACGCCAGAGUGGAAACGCAGAGAGUGAAGCUGGUAAAAGGAACCUCCUGAACACAUUGCACUACCUGUUUGAGUCUCAGAAUCGUGGAUUGGCUCAGGCCGCACUGGGAUCUGUGGAAACACUUUCAUUCAGUGGAAUGACACUGACCCCGAUUGACUGCGCCGUCCUGUCUCAUGUCAUCGGACUCUGUGAUACAAUGAAACACCUCGACCUGCAGAAAUGCAACAUUCAGUGUGAAGGAAUCCAGCGGCUGGGACCCGGGCUGCACAAGUGCCAGGAGUUGAGACUUGGGGGAAAUGAACUGGAAGAUUCAGGAGUGAAACUUGUGUCUGUGGCUCUGAGGAACCCGGAGUGUAAAAUACAGAAACUGAAUCUGAGUGCUGUCGGUCUCACAGAUUCUGGUGCCGAGGAUCUCGCCUCCGCUCUCAGUACAAACCCAUCACUGACGAGGCUCCACCUGGGUGGUAAUAUACUGGGAGAUUCAGGAGUGAAACUGAUGUCUUCGGCUCUGAGGAACCCGGAGUGUAAAAUACAGGAACUGGAGCUGUUUCAUGUCGGUCUCACAGAUUCUGGUGCCAAAGAUCUCGCCUCCGCUCUCAGUACAAACUCAUCACUGAUGCGGCUGGACCUGCAAUCAAACUUGCUCACAGACCGAUCUGUCCCCACUCUCCGCCACCUCAUACUGACCCUCCCGAGUCUGGAGCGGAUCAAGCUGGGGUACAAUCGGUUCAGUGACACCAGAGGGAAGGAACUGAGCUCUGUGCAAGAAUUCAGACCCGGACUGAGAGUGAACCUGUGAACAUCUGACAAAUGUAAACUUCCGGCCGAAUCCCCGCCCUCCCCUUUAAUUCUAGCACUCUGCUUUCAUGGCUGCGCGUGAGGUGUAAAUCCCAACGUUUCUAACAGAACUGGCUCCAGUAUCACGCUCUGUGAUAUCCGGAGCGAUCCCACAGUGAUGUAUUUCUGUCUGUUAUCAAAGUUUCCACCGGAUGUACGGGCUCGAGACUCCCCCACGUAAGACAAGGACAGGAAGAGCUCAGUCUGCGAAACCGGUGUCCCGGGGUGGGAUUAUCUGGGAAGAGAAUCCUUUUGCUCCCUUUGCUGAGGACGGUGCUUUUGGCAUUGUGGCCAAUAUAAUGAUGUUAAAUUGAGAAAUACCUCAGUGGUAACCCUGGAUCUACAGCGAUCUCUGAUGGCCCCGAAGUGUGAUUUUCUAAUCAUUGGAUCCCCGAUGCAGAGUGACUGUGAGAAACGGGACUGAUUAUUCAAACUGUCACUCAUUGUCGCCGGUCAGUUAAUUGUGUGUGACUGUGUGUGAGUCGGGAGCAGCUUAUUUACUCCCGCACGUCAGCAGCUCACACAUAGUUUUAUUUACAUUUGCCAUGAUGAAAUCAAUAAACGGCUGUAACUUCCUG